UUUUGCUAUUUGAUUCGAAUAAGGGUGAAAAAGUUAGGGUCUUGGAGAUUCUGUGAAAGAAGAUGAACCGAUAAGUAAAAGAAAUGAGUCCGAGCCGAUUAGAGCAGCAGAAAGCACCGAACGUGGUAUCAUCGCCGGGAAAAACCAAAGGUUUAUUGGUACGCUGCAUGCGCGUGGGCCUCGUUCUCUGUCUGAUCGCUUCAAUCUCAUUCGCCCUAAGCUCCGCCUUCCCCAACCGAACCCUCACCUCUAUCUCCUCCUUCUCCACCACCGAACCAGCCACCAACAUCUCCCACCUUCUCUUCGGUCUCGGCAGCUCCGUCGACACGUGGCGCGGUCGGAGCAACUUGACCGAAACAUGGUGGAACACAACCACCACACGUGGAUAUGUCUGGCUCGACACGAAGCCCGAGAGUAGCUUACUCGACGUGUUGUCUUGUAUCCCUUACCGGGUGUCGGAGAACUGGACCGGCUUCAGGUACAGCCACUCGCAGGCGGAGGUCAGGAUUGCCCGGAUUGUCGUGGACAGCUUUAACCUGCGGCUGCCGGACGUGAGGUGGUUCGUGAUGGGAGACGACGACACGGUAUUCUUCCCGGAGAACUUGGCCUCGGUGCUUUCAGGGUACGAUCAUAAUCAGAUGUACUACAUUGGUGGGAACUCGGAGAGCGUCGACCAGAAUGAGAUGCAUGCCUACGACAUGGCGUUUGGCGGCGGCGGGUUCGCCGUCAGCUACCCUCUGGCGGCGCGUUUGGCGGAGCAGAUGGAUGGGUGUUUGGAUAGGUAUUUCAAUAUGUACGGCUCUGAUCAGAGGGUGUGGGCCUGCAUGAUCGAGAUCGGCGUGCCGCUCACCAAGCUCAGUGGUUUCCACCAGUUUGACAUCAGAGCUGACUCGUAUGGUAUUUUAGCGGCUCACCCGUUAGCACCACUAUUGUCCCUUCACCACAUUGACGCAUUGGAUCCCAUUUUCCCCACCCAGACCCAGCUAGAGUCAGUCAAGUCCCUCGUCCAGGCAUACCGAGUCGACCCGCCUCGGAUCCUACAACAGAACUUCUGCUACGACCGGAGGCGUAGAUGGACAGUGUCCAUUUCAUGGGGCUUCACCGUUCAGAUCUACCCCUUCUUGCUGUCAGCUCUUGAACUUCAAACGCCAUUGCGGACAUUCAAGACAUGGCGGAAACGGGAAAAUGGACCCUUCACGUUCAACACCCGAGCCGUGAGUUCCGACCCGUGUGAGCAGCCGAUCACUUAUUUCUUGGAGGAUGUUAAGGUAGACGGCAAGAGUGGAAAUACUUCGACUACUUACAAGAGGUUUGAUGACAAGGAUGGGAAAGUUUGGAAUACUUUGAAUGCUUACGAGAGGUUAGUAGGUCGUAAAGCAAAGAAAUGUAAAAGGGCAGACUAUGUCGAUGCAAUGGCAACAGAGAGGAUCGUAGUCGUCUCAACGAAGAUGGAUCCUCAGUACUGGGCACAGGCUCCGCGGAGACAGUGCAGUGAGAUUGAGGAUCAUGAAAGCACAAGUGACGGAACAAUGUUGAUUAGACUUAGGAGAUGCAGACCCUCCGAAUCUAUAACACUAGAGGGUUAAUCAGUCGGGAACUCAGGAUGGAGAGCUGGGUGGUUACAAUACUCUAGGCGAGAAAUGUUUCUUUUUUGGGUGAUUAGCACAUACUGUUUAUAGAGAUUAGCAACCACAAACAAUUGUUGCACUUCUGUAACUAUUCAAGUACCAUCAGUAUGAUCGAGGGUUAGAUUAGGCCACAAUUG